GCGCUCGAGUCAGUUGCUAUUCGGCAUUCGGCACUAUAACAGCUUUUGGCUUUCGAGAGCGGUCUCCGGUACCGGUUUUUUUGUCUUAUUUUCUUGAACGGUUAGCAAAGUGUAGUUUGGAAGUUUUCUGGCAGCAUCAGCUGACUGGCGGUCGGUUCGCGUUUUCGAUCAGUGCUAAUUUUCACGCAGUGUUGCUGCUGAGAAAUAGGGUCUACUUAGAUACCAGGCGGCUCCAGUGCAGUGCUACAAAAUUCAGUGUUUUGUGACAACAAUCAUUGCGAAAAGUUUGGUUAAGCUGUGCAGCGGUACGAGGAUUUGUGAAUUUUCGAAAAAAGUGGUGAUCUAACCCAAAAAUCCUAAAGCGAAUUUGAUGCUUGCAGCGAAUUGAAGAAUUAACUGAUCGUGAGGGCGUUGCGAAGGAUACUGGUUUUGUGCAUCCAGUAACUGUUGAGCUGUCAGUUACAUGUGAGUACUGAUACGUUAAAAGGUCUUUGCUGAUUUUUUCCGCUCCAGCUGAUGCAAAGCGAAGAAAAUUUCCCCCGAUAAGAGGUGAUUGUUUCACGAGUUGAACCGAGAAGCGCGCGUAGGAGUUAUUUCUCGUUGCCUCCUUCGUGGCCCCGCUGCUGCUUCUGCUACCUAGUUAUUGCCCGAAAUUAAACAGUUCUCCCCGAGGAGCCGAGUGACCGUUGCUCGAGCCCAGCAGAGCUGGCGCCUGCCGCUUCAUUUCGGCAAUCGGCGUAGAAAAUCGCACAACGUGAAACCAAACAAAACAACAAACAUACAUCAGCGUUCGCGGUCAGUUCGUGGCCCCCGCAGUGCUCCAGUCUUGUGUAGCAAUAGUUACACCGCCGUUGCACCGAACCGCGGCCGGUGUCGUUAUCUCUAACAUCGCAUUCUACUAUACUUCUACGCCCCGCUGCCGUGUCACUGCGGAAGAUACGAGCAGCCAUUCGCCUACUGUGGUGUCAGUUGGUGUAUGGUUUAUAGAGUUGCAGUUCAUUUUCGGGAGAUUGUGCCAUUUUCGGUUUUUUGUUUGUUUGUUUAUUCGACUGAACGGGUGCCGAUUGUUUCGGGAAGCUACAGGACAUACAAUUGCAACUGGUAAACAGGCGGGGUCCAAUUUCGGAUGCCUUUGUGGUAUUCGGAGCGCACGGUACAGCUGCAGUAACCAGUCUGAAUCAGCAACCACACCAAUGUGUAUCACGCAUGAGAAAUCCAGCAACGGUUUCAACUGAACCAAUCAACCCUACCUAGAGAGGACAGAGCCACUUCAAAGGAGCUGGAAAAUCAUCAAAUAACAAUCCAACUGUAACUAGUAGAAGUACUCCAAAAGAAAAACACCAACAUUUUAAUUGAAACUACGAAGGAAACUCAUCGACGGAUUGGAUGCGAGAUUUCUCCUAAUUGGUUUCCAGGGAAAAAAAGCACGAAACCGAACAGAGGACGAAGAUCUGACCGGUCCUAUUGUUGAUUCGUAGUGCGGACGAUUGCGUUCAAAUAUUGCACCAAAUGAAAGUACUUCGAGUAUAGUCGGCAACUGUUGGAAAUAAGUAUAAUAUAGUGUAAUUUAGAGAAGCAGAAAUGCAUUCAAACAGCAAACAGAUGAACAGCGCGGCAGCAGUGAUAAUUGCUCUGGCCGUUUUACCCAGUCUGCUUCUGGUUGGCGCCCAGCAGCAACAUCAGCACACCCUGGUCGAUUCCGAGGUCCAAGCGCAGGGACUGGCCCCGAACAGGGGUGAACAGAUCUCGGCCCGGCGCUUCAAACGGAUGUACGCCAUGUGUCCGCCGCAUUUUUUCCGCAUCGGCAACGAGUGCUACUACAUCUCCCAGAACAAACAAAACUGGCUGGACGCUCACUUUGAGUGUAAGGAUCGUAACAGCAAGCUGGCGGAACCGAUGAAAUACGAUGACAAAAACCUGCGAAAGUUUCUGCUGAUGUCAAAGGAGAAAAAUUACAUCUGGAUCGGUGGUAAUUACAACUGGCGGACGAACAAGUGGCAGUGGGGCUACAACGGGAAGGACAUAGGAUAUCAAUCCUUCAGCCAAAUGGUGCCAGGGAGCAGCCAGGACCUGAAAUAUCACUGUGCAGUGCUUAACCCUGACCUCAAAUUCAGAUGGUCAGCGAAGCUAUGCACAGAAAAACAGAGCUUUAUCUGCCAGCACAAAAUGCCGUUCGUGAACAGCCACAGCCGGACCAAGGUGUACAACCGGUGGAAUGCUACCUUCCCGAACGAAAUGGCCAACGAGGUGGAGGUGGUGGUAGCCGAUCAACCCCGGAGCAGCCGGCAGAAGGAUUACUACAGCACGAACAACAACAAAAACAACAGCAACACGAUCACCCCAACAGGACUGUACAGCCGGUUCAAGGUCAUGAAGAACUCAAACAGAACCCUGCGAAUCCGACCCUCCCGUCGCCGCAUUGUAAACCGCAACAAACUUCUCCCGAAUAACGACUACAUUAGCAAUGACAUCUACCGCCAACCGAUCGUUGAGUACGUCCAAGACUCUGCCAACGACCUCAAUUCGAUAAACGGGAACGGUCACCGCAAUGGACACGGUUCUACCUUCCAGGCAGGAUUCAACGUGGACAUUCACCGCCAGCGACCCAACAAGAGCAAGCACAACCGGUUGAAUGAUGUCACCACAGAUCACCGCCCGCAUCAGCAUCGUCACCAUCUGGGAGAUCCGUAUGGUAAACCAGCGACUAGAGAGCCGACAACAAUGAUGACAACAACGACGACGACGACGACGACGACCACAACGACAACUGCACCUCCGGAAACGCUUCCAACGGAAGCACUACAGAUGGUCACUGGCAAAUCAUUUACAGCAGACUAUCAACAACUGUCGCCCGCUGAAAAGAAAGCACGUCGGCUUAAACUCCGGGAACGACUCGCCCGGCUAUCGGACGAAGAACGCGAUAAGUUCUUCACCGAGCGUGCCAAGCGAAAACGGUCCAAACAGAUACGAGCCAGAAAUGAAACCAUUCCGUAAGUUCUCUGCCAUGGCAGAUUUGAAGAGAAGCAGAGGGAAGUAGAUUGUUGUGCAAAGAUUAGAGCGUAUGUUUCACCAGGGUCCACCCCGUCCCCCCUCGCCCCCAACAGGGUGGUUCAGGUGUCCCUCAACGAAGAUUGACCAAUCUUACAAACCAAGUUAGGAAAGUUAGGAUAAAAGUAAGCGGUUCCUAAGUCUAUUACUGUAUACUCGUAAGAAAUGAUUUCCUUCUAGCACUCAACAAUCGAAGUUUUAAAGAAAACAUUGUAACACACACAUAUCCUUCCUUUCUCUAGAUAUGCGAGGAAACUGCUAUAGCUGAGCGUAAUCUUCAAUCUAGAUCUUAGUUCUAUCGUAUGAUCUUUGUGACGCUUUCAUUUGUUCAAUUUAACGCCUUUGUAUGUUUCGUUGUAGAUGUGUAAACACCCUUUUCUUUAUUAAAUAUCUUAGAAUUACGAUGAAUCCCAAUAGACGAAAUACUACUUUCCCAGUUAAAUUAUGUGUAACUAUAAAGAUUAUUUUUACAAAAAAAAUGAGUGAAUGAAAACAAUGUGAACCAACAGUCAUUAUUCGAUAAGUUCAAUUUAUCUAAUUCGAAUGUACUUUUUCGGCAAAUACCGCACAAAAAGCAAUCAAAGAUUAGCAGCUUAACUCACAAACAGCAACAACAGAAAAGUUCGAGUCUAACGAUUAGAAGUAAAAACAACCUCGACAGGAGUUUGACAUCCCUGCUUCGGAUUAGACGACCGUAGGUCGAAGAGGCAGCACACUAUGUAGAAACGAAAAUCUUCCUGUAGAAUUGUACUUCUACGAAAAUCACUUCGCCAACCAGUUAAAUAGGAAUGGAAAUGAAGAACAAUGUAUAUCGACAUUUUGCCAUAUUAAAAUUAAGUUCUACUACCAGCCAAAUCAAGCUGCAAUGAAGAAAAUAAAAAUGCUGUUGAUAGCCUGUAGGAAUUAACCAACAACUCGAAUCAAGCUAAUUUAAAUAUGUUGCCAAUUUUUUCUCAAAUUAUAUAAACAUUGCAUUGAGCGCAGCGAACUGUAAGCAAUAGCUUAAGCUAAGAGCGGCUGAGUUGUGGAUGGUAGCAGAUGUAGAAUCUUGAUUACGCUGCCUGCUCAUAGAUGGCGUUAGGAUGUGUUUAAGCCACUAUGAACACGUCUCUAGUACAGCGAACAUUUCUCCCUAACCAUAAUCAGGUAAGGUUUUGUGCAUAGAUUAAUGUUGACAAGCGACAAAUUUAUGGAAAAUGUAUGGUAUAUCUAUUGGAAGCUUAAUAUGGUCACUAACGCCAUCUAUGAGCAAACUGCUGAUUUAAGCUUAUACACAGUGUUUUACUUGCCAAAACGUGGGAUAAAUGUUUCACUCGAAAACAGGAAACUAUACUUCGAUGAUGUCUUCUGUGUUGUUUACAGAUGCUCCAAAAUCAUACUGCUUAGUUUCAGUGAUUAAUCUCCCUAAAAGUGAGAUACUUUUAACAUGUUUAAAUUGUGAAACUCAAGCUGAAGUAUUCAUAGAUGUCUUGCAAACAACUUUGCAGAAGACGAUAAAUCUUUCAUGCUCCCGAAGUCAUUGGUCGUUGUUUGUAUAUGAUCACUAUAAAAACUUUUUUUUCUCAACUUCUCAAAUAUUGUAACUGUAGGAUUGGUAUGUUAUAGUAUAUUGUUUAUGUUAAUGUGAUACACAUUUCGAAGUAAUUGUAUAUUUUUGAUACCGGUUUUAGUUACAAAUAGAAGCUAAAUAUCAAUAGCAUAAAUCGUAAUGCAUUUCAUGUGUCUAACAGUUAUAAAAUAUUUAAAAAUGCUAUUGUUUUUCGAAUAAAACACCAUAAAUUAGAAAGUUCUCGAGAUCGGAUUAUUAUGUGUUCAUGAAAGUAGUGAAUUUUUGCCUUCGUGGACAUGCCAGACUCGUAACAAUGGCGUUUGAAAAGAUAUGGAGAAGAAUUGUUUAGUCACAUAUCUGCCCAUGAUCGUAAAUCAGUCCCAUAAAGAUAGGAAAUCCCAUAGAAAACGGGACAAAUAUGCGAUCAUGGGCAAAUAUAUGGAGUUAAAACUUUAAAAAAAAAUCGAAUUGGUGUCUUCAACAAACAUGUUCGUCAAAGCAAUCUUCACAACUUUGUCGAAGACUUCCGCUUAUUGCAUUUGUCCAAAAAUAUUCGAUUGUAAAAUUUCACUUUCAGGGGAAUUAAUCACUGAAAAAUCUGCAUCAGAAGAAAACGUUUGAUUUUUUUAUAACUGUACCGACGUGAAAUCAGUUGUUUCAAUGCAAACAAUUAACCAUUACUUAAUUAAGUUUAAUUAUUAUGAAAAUACAGAAGUUUUGUAGAAACAAAUCGCUUUUACUGUUGCGAACAUUUUUACAGAAUAUUCCAAACGAUAUAUAGUUAUAUUGGUAGGGAAUAACUAAAAAAAUAAAAGCAAUAGCGUUAAAACGACAGAAGAUAAAGACUUCUCGACAAACACGUCAAAUGGUCCUAAGUGCAAAGGAGAGCUUCUCUUUGUUUACUUUCUCUUUUAAUUAUUACGGCGUCAUCUUAAAACUUUUCAAUAUUGUUGCAGGAUAUAUCGAAAAACUCUGAUUUCGACUAGCUUAUUCUGCUAAGAGUUGAGUAACAAACGUAUAAACUGCGGAGUUAUUAGCGAAAGAGAUAGCAAAUAAAGAGAAACUGUAAUUUGCACUUAGGACCAUUUGACAUGUAUGGCUAGACUUGUUGUCUUCAGCAAAGUUCUUUGCCGCACAACCUUAUCGAAGACAUCAUCUUAUCAUAAAUGAUUAUCUGGAAGUUAAUAAACAAGUCUAAUUUUUAGAUUAUUCAUUAAAAUAACAGCACCAUACGAAAGAGCUUAUAACCUUCACAAAAUUCAUCUGAAGAUGUCAUUGACUCAACGAUUUUGGCAAAAACAAAGAAACACUGUGCGUAGGUGAGAAGCUAAACACAGGGUCGAAGUAGGACAGAUUAAGACGAUUGAACAGAGUACAUUUGCGGACGGUAUUUUGGCCGGGUUAAGAUCAAGGUAGCUGAAAUGUGAGGGUUUUAACUGUAGCGAAUGAAUGGAAAGCAAUGAAAUGAGAUUUCAAAUAAUAAAGUCUUAGCAGAGCGUU